GAAUGUUUCUUCUUCGCGCGCUACCCGUGCAUUUUUGCAGUACUCAUUGAAGCCACAUAAUACGUAGGCCAUCACUGGAACAAGCGAAGCCGUGUUGUUCUUCCAAAGCUCAGACUGAGUGCUACCGAUAGCGCUUGCGUCUACCUUGACUAGGCCAACGGCGUGUUGCUGCAACGCCUUCAGUUUGUAUCUCAAGGAGCGUAUGCGAGUAGCAAUGCAGAGACACCGGCUGGACAUAUGUUAGGGCCUUGAAGGCCGGCCGAAGCAGCGAGUAGUAUGGAGGAGCCCAGCUAUGACGCAUUUGUGGCCAGGCUCAACCAGGCCAAGGCCAUUGCUGACGAGAAGGCCCAGACCACCAGCUAUGACGACGUUUUCUCCGGCGCCGUGUUUUCCAUUGCGGUGAAGAAGAAUGCACUGCUCCUGAGCAAACAGCACGACCGGGUCAGCGAGGCGCGUCUGGUGGGGUCGACCUGGCAGGACGCCUGCUUCAACGCGAAGGGUUCCGGCCUGGACAUCCUGGACUGGGAGAGCCCCCGCCUGGCGCCGCCCUCCGAUUCCCCCGCCUCCACAUCCCGGGCCGCGUCCCACGGCAGCGCCGCCCCCACGGCAACUGCCGGCGGCGGCGGCGGCGGCCGCGGCUCGUACCAGCAGCAGCGCAGUGUCGCACAGACCCAGCUUGACUCGCCCAGCCGCCGGGCCUCCGCCAAUGCUUACAGCGCAGCCUCCGGCGCCGGCCGCAACGCGUCAGGGCGCAUCUCGGCGGUCCUGGGGGCGUCUUCGUCCAUAGGAGGGCGAGGCGGGGCCGGCGGCGGCGGCGGUGGUGGCGGCUCCGGCAGUAGCAGCCGCGCCAGCGGUAUGGGCCUGGAGGCGGCAGCGGCAGCUGCUACUGCCGCCACCGCUGCUACAGCCGGCGGCAUGAGUGAUGAUGAUGACGACGAGCUGCUGCCAACGCGCUGCGGCGAUAGCGUGACGUGGCAGCAGGGGCCGCGGGCGGGCGGAGUGGGGGCCAUGGGUGGCGGGGGGCAGCUGCGGUCGGCGGCGCCGUCGCGACUUGUCGUGGAGCUGCCGGCGGGGGACGAGCCGGCGGCAGCGCCGGAUGUGGGCAGUCCGGGGAUGGCAUCACGAGCAGACGAGGCCAUCCGCGCCUUCGCCCGCACCGCCUACGAGCCCGGGGAGGUGCGCCACAGCCUAUUCCUACACCCGGGGGGCGCCGACCCGCAACCGCGCCACUCACACGACCCCGACCGCGCCGGCCCCGGACCGGGCGACGGCGCGGUCGCGGGGUCGGGCGGCCUGGCGGGGUUGGCUCCGGUGCCGCGCGCCGUGCCGCGGCAUGUGGCGGCGGCGGCGGUGGCGCUGUCGCCCACGGGGAGGCAGCGGCCGGCGUCGCCGGGGCUUGGCAUGGGCUUUGGCGCGAGCGAGGCGUCGGCGGCUGCGCUGCGGUCGUCGUGGCAGGGCCCACUCCCGGCGGCGGCGGCAUCGCCUGGUGGCAGCGGCGGCGGCGGCGGCGGUGCGUACCCACUGCCCCCCUCCAUCGGCGACGAUGGCCCCGGGCCGCGGCGCCCCGCCUCACGCGGCCGCCUGCUCACACGCAGCACCAGCGGCCUCGGCUUCGUUGCUGCAGCCGGCUCGCCCAGCGCUGCGAUAGCCGGCGCCACCGGCGGCGGCGGCGGUGGUGGCGGCUGGCCCGGCUCACCGGUGUCGCUGCAACCACAUGGCGAGGGCGGCGGGCGGCCGCUGAUGACGCCGCCGCCUGCCUUCUCGCCCGGGGGUGCUCGCAGGAGCCUGCCGCCCACACACCUUACGGUCAAGGUGGGCUGCGGCGUGGGCGGCGCAGGGAACGAGGCGCGGAGCCCGGACGCACACGCGCCGCCGCCAUGCAUUUUCUCGCCAUCCAGCCCUAGCGGCGCCGCGGGCGCUGCCGCAGUUGGCGGCGGCGGCGGUGCAAGCUGGGGCAACAGCAGCUACACCGCGCCGCACCCGCCCUCGCUGCUGCAGCCACCCCACGGCUCUCCGCACCCGCAUCACCGCGCCCCGGGCGCCCGCGCUCUCGCGGCGGUGCCGCAUCCACACCCGCACCCUCACCCACAGCAGCAGCAGCACCUGCCAGGUGCCGCGGCCGGUGAGAUGAUGCCGAUGCACCGCGUCAGCGGCGCCGGCGCCGCCUCGCUGCCCUCGCCAGGCGCCGCCACAUCACUGCCCUCGCCUGGCGCACGCAACGCGCGCGGCGGCUCGCUAAACGGGCCCGCAGUUGGUGGCGGCGGCGGCGGCAUGCGUGUGAGCGCCAGCGGUGAGGGCAGCAUCGGCGGCGGCUUGAUUCGUGGCUAUGCCCAAGGCAGCGGCGGCGGCGCGCUUGAUUACAGAAUGCUGGACUCGGUCCCCCGCAUCGGGCUUGACGGGCCGCGCGUCCGUGGCGCCAGCAAGGACGUGGCAGCGGCCGCCGCGGCGGCGAGUGCGACGGCCGCAGCGCGCGCCUCUGCCGCGGGCAUGGGCGGCGCGACGGCGGCGGCGGACUCGCACGCGGACAUCCGGCGCACGCUGCUGGCGGCGCCGCCCGGCCUGGCGGCGCAGCGGGCGGGCUUCGGCGGCUCGCGUCCGGGGACGCCCUCGCUUACGCCGCCGUCAGGGGCUGCGGAGGCCGGGGCGACGAACGCCUCACCGGGGCGUUUCGAGCGCGCGAAGCGCGCGAGCGCCAACGGCGGUGUUGGCAGCAUGAUUGUGACGCGUGAGCAGGUGGACAAGUACUUGACUGGGGCGACGCCACCCAGCGGCGUGUUUGCAAGUAUCAGUGGCGGCGGGGGUGGCGGCGGCGGCGGCGGCGGCGCGGGUGCCGUGUCGUCGCCGGUUGGCGGCAGUGGCGUGAAGGCGUUGGUGCUGGGCAUGCGGGGCUGUCUGACGGAGGACCCCGCCAGCGUGGCGAGUCCCAAGCCGAGGCUGUCAGCGGCGGGGGCCGUGGGAGGCGGUGGCAUGGGAGGAGCAGGCGGAGGAGGAGGCGCAGGUGCAGGUGCGCAGGACUCGCCGCGGCGGGCGAGGCCGGAGGCGGGCGGCUGGUAAAGUCGAGAGCGGUGAAGAUGUGGAUGUGAAUUUCUGAGAUAUGAAUGAACCGAGACCAAGCGAGGGUUCUCACGUGUGCGCGAGCUAUGUGCAUAUUGGGGCAUGAUGACGCUGUGGGUGGUCGAGGCACCUGUACAUAGCUUCCUGAUGAUACCGUAACGACAUUGUUGUGAGAGUUGCUGCACCAUUUGCCGGAGUGCCGACCAUAGAAUCUUGUGGCCAUGCGGCCGUCCAUGGCGCAACGGUGGUGUGUGAAGACGUUGAAUCCGUUCAGGAAGUAUUGCUGUGGUGUUGGCCGGUUGGGGGGCAAGUUUGACGCACGUGACAGCUGGCACCUGGCGGACCCGACUGGCGGCGCUGCAAGAUGCGCUGCCUGGGGCCUGCAAGUUGGCAUCGCCUAAUACGGA